AUGGCGUUCGAAAAAGAAAACAUUGUUAAUAUUUUAAUUUCACCGGAUACGUAUUUGGACGAUCCCGAACAAAUAAAUUAUGUUAAAAAGGUUACCCAAUUCAGCUUGGAUAAAUUAACUUCGGAACCGGAAAAAUUAAAUGAGGAAAAAAAACAUUUACUUCAAAAAACUCAAGAACUCGCAUUUUCAAAUUAUAAGACGUUUAUUCAAAGAGCCGAGUGUUUAAAUGAAAUACAUAAAAAGUUUAAUAGUGUUCAACAAAAUUUAAGUCAAGUGUCAACAGAGCUUCCCGAAUUCAGUAAACGUUGUCAAGAGUUAACAAAUAUUGCCUUACAAAUAGAAACGCAUAGAAAUUUAAAUUCUUUAGUUUUAUCUAAAAGUAAUGAAUUAUUAAAAGUUUUAGAAUUGCCACAGUUAAUGGAAACUUGUAUUAAAAAUGGUCAUUUCGAAGAAGCCUUAGAAUUAUCUUCGUACAUAAGAUGGCUUGGGAAAAAACAUGGAAAUAUUGAACUCGUUAAAAGUAUAGUAAAUGAUUCUGAGGCAUUAUGGCAAGUAAUGCUUUGCAGAUUAAUUGCUCAACUUAGAACAGAUUUGCAACUUCCAAAAUGUUUAGAAAUUGUCGGUUUAAUUAGAAGAAUGGAAGUUUUUUCCGAUGCUGAAUUAAGAUUAAAAUUUUUGCAGGGAAGAGAUUCAUGGUUUCAAAGUUUAUUGGCUUCAGUACCCAAAUCAGAUGGUACUCAGUAUAUUUUAAAAGUAAUAGAAUUAACCAGAAUUCACUUAUUCAAUAUUAUGACCCAAUAUCGAGCAAUAUUUAGUGAUGAAGAAGUAAUUGUAUCAUCAAUUAAAAUAUCGAAUGUAAAUGAAUCGUACAUUUUUUACAGCUGGCUGAGUGAAAAAAUAUCACAAUUUUUAUCAAUUUUGGAUAGUCCAGAAUUGCAAAAGAACAUUUCUUCGUUAGAUUCAAUAAUUGGACAGUCCAUGUAUUUUGCUCAUUCCUUUAGUCGAAUCGGUGCAGAUUUUAGAGGUUUACUAGCAUCGAAAUUCAUUAAAAUCAUAGAGCAAAGUUUUGAACUUUCAAUAUCGAAAAUAAAUAAAAAAUUCAAACAAGAAAUGGAUAAAUUUGCAAUACAUAAAAUAUCAACUGUAGGAAAAAUCAAACCGAAUUUAGAAACAAAACCUGAACAACCUCCUCUGUGUUUAAUUGAAUUUUAUCCACUCGUCGAUUACUUAAAUGAAAUUUUAACCGCUUUUAACGAAUUGCGUUCCUGUGCACUGUUAUCGACGGCUGAUUUCAUAGCAAACCUAAUUCAAGAAUCUUUGAAAUUUUGUUCUAAAGUCAUACUUUCAUAUUACAAAAUAGAACAGCAAACGUUUGAAAAAACUGAAAAAGAAAAAUUUGCAAGAUUUUGUGGGGGUUUUCAAAUGCUCGUGAAUUAUCUUCAAAAAUGCAUUCAUUUAGUGUUUCCCUUGCAAGAAGUUGCCAAUCAUAUGGGAAUUCCAAUUCAUCAACUACAAAAAGAAGGAGUCACGUUUAUAAAUGAAUCUGCCAUUCUCGAACCCAUAAAUCAUUUAUUACCCGUCGAAAUUCAUUCAGAAAUUAUAACAGAAGGAGCUUAA